AUGAUGCAAGCACCAUCGUCAAAACGACGAACCGAAAAAGGCAUUCUGAGCCCCCGCCAAAGCCGCGCCAACUCUCCCUCUCAAGACGACCCAGAACUGCUGGAGGUCGAUCUAGCCAGACUCUACGAGUAUGUCCUAAAAGUGAUACUUCUAGACUACAUCACCGAGGUUCGCUUCUACCAGCCAGUGGCCCAGCCUGAACUCACACGCACCGAGUCUCGCCCGCUGUCCGAACUCCGGCGGUCGCGGAUGUCUCGCUUCGAUGGCGAUACGCUGCUUCCAUCAUACUUGGUCGCUGAUCUCAAGGCCAAACUUAAUCUGAUCGCUAUGGCGUCUCUGAACCACGAUGACCUCACUAGACGACUGUUGCUUCGCUUCUACGGAGAACUCUUGGACCCGCGGGUCGUAGAUGAGAUCAAGAGAGGUGCCUCGGUCGAUAUCCUCGUCAUGAAGUUCGUGUCUACCGCCAACAAAGAAGUGGUCAAGUUGGCGCUGGUAUCAUCCGAGGACGUCGCGCUGGUGGUCUUUCGCCAGACAGAAACGUUCGUGGAUAUUAUCAUGCUGUUGGUGCAGAGGGACCGCAAUUCCGAGGCCAUUAUCAACAAACUUAAUGAGCACAAAUCUUCUCUUAAACCCGGCACGCUUAAGAGUCGACCAUCUUUCAAUUCAACCCAAGCGGGCUCUUUCAAGUACACAGAGCCCUCGUUUAAGGUUUCGGAUCUAGAUCAAGGCUAUGUAUCACUAUUGUAUGAGAUAUUCCGCAUUGACCAAGACAUCUUACAGGCCGAUAUACAAAGACUCCGUCCGUUCGUCAGUCCUAAAACCAUCCAUAAGGAUAUGAACAAGUUUCUUUUGCUGAUAGCAGAGGAUGCCUCUGUGGCCAAUAACUUUGCAACCACAGAAGAUUAUGACGAGUGGAAGAAGAGAACAGUGCUGGCCUGUGACUACAUCAGUAAGAAGUAUCCAAUACCUGCCACUAUAAGGCUCAGGCCAGUUCCAGACUUGCCAGUCGGCGAGGAGUUCUAUUUCUCUCCUCCACAACAUCUAAUUUCUUUGUACCACGCCGUUUUCGUCAAGUUGUGUUUGCUUCACCAACGCCAACAAGACCAGAGCGACUUCAACUCUAAUUCGCUCUUGUUCACAAAGAAGUCCGGAGAAUUAAUUUUACAAUGCUCCCGCAUCUGGAGAAUGGAUGCUCCGACACGAGCUGUAUCACUCAUUAAAGCUGCUCAACUCGGAGGUAUCUUGACAGACCCGCUUUGUGUGUCUACUCCUUCCGAAAUCGGUCCAAUUCAGCUUUCCAGUGCUGCAAGCGUAUUUCAAGCAUGUAAACGUAUUAUUGACGAGGCAAAUCUCGACUGGGACGAGAAAGAUUCCUGGUCUCUUCAAGACAAAUCACAAUGGGUCCAACAGUUGGGAAAUGUUUAUGCUAUGUGUUUUCACAGUCUUCGUGAGUGCUUGGGAUCAGUUCUUAGUAGGGUCGUCAAACCCAAAUUUUCGCCAUACCUCCAGUUUUUAGAUGACUAUGUUGAAAGCGACUGUUUGUUUUACAAAUUUGAAGAGCUGGGAGGGGUAUCUAAGUGGAAGAAGCGACUUUCAAAGACCCUAGUAAGAACUUCAGAGGCUCUGUAUGCUGAGCACCUUGCAACUCUUCCUCGUGAUGAUACAAUCAGCGUGUUGCACGUUCUCGAUAUUGCUGAUGGCAUUAUCAAAGACAUCAAAUUUCUACAAAAGAGAUAUCCCCACCCUCUUCUCGACUUCAUGAACAUAGGGAGAACUUACGCCGAAAUUGUUUCGACUCUAUUCGCAGCUGAUGCAGCCAAAAUUUUGGCUCACAUCACUUCUCUAAUACAGUCAAAGGGUGAAUUCCUCAAUUAUGGAGAUGCAUUGGAGGUGUACAAGACUUUGUGCGAAAUUCGCUCAAUCCACAAGCAAGUUUCAACCAAGCUGCAAUUUGCUUUUGACCUAGAAGCGUUUUCGUUUCCUUACUUGCAAUCAUGGGUUCAGGAAAGCAAUGAUAAAAUCUGUGAAUUUGUACAAAAUGCACUUGCUAGUGACGACUUCAAACCGAUGGAUCUUGAAGAUGAGGACAAGAAAUACAGUUCCUCGGUACAUGAUAUUUUUACCUUGAUACGGCACUAUCUUGGCAUACUUUCAGACUUGAAGUGGGAAAACGCUUAUCAGCUUGCUAAGGUCAAGACAUCUUUCAUGAAGAGUAUUAGCUCUUGCUGCAUCAUGUAUGCCAAUGAAAUUUCGGAUAUGGUCAUGCAUGAUCUUACUCUUGAAACUGAGUCUCCUGUGCCUACACAAAAUAGUUGGCUUACCGAGGCCAAACUUCUUGUUGAACAGAAGCUAGGAAGCGAAAAAUUGGAGGAAGAACCGGUCAAUUUCACGCCCAGAACGUGUGUGGGACUCAAUAACCUUGGAGCAAUGAUCACGCAGUUAUCAAAACUUGAGGACAUAUUAGAACCAGAGGCUGUUUCUGCUACUGUUCUAGCUAGAGAUCCCACAGCCCGCCAUAAAUAUUCCAAUCAUGUUUUCACGGUCAGAAUUGUCAGAGGUGAAAACAUAAGAUCUGCGUCAGAAAGCUCAACUGUAAAGCCGUAUGUCACGUUGAUUGACACGGUUGCUCGGCGCACCAUUGCUAAAACAAGGACUGUUGAAGGCGAUACUCCUACUUGGGAUGAAGAAUUUGAGGCAAGCAUACCUGCAAAUGAUGCUAUGUCCGUUUCAGUCACUGUUUGGGAAGACAGUUUCAAGACUCAUGGAGUAUGUGGAAGAGCGCUCAUCCAACUAGAUCCUCGCAAAUUUAAGCACGACGGUAUUCCUCAAGAAGUAUACUUAGAUCUAGAUUCACAGGGCCGUCUUUUAAUCGAAAUUGCUGUUGAAAGUGAGCGUGAAGAUGCCAUUUUUGCCAUGGGAAGAGCACAUCGUGCUUUGAAGCGAGCCGAGCAACGCAUAAUCAAAUUGAUCGUGGCAAGAUUCUCGCGUUGUGUUAAACGGAGUUUCUCAAGGCAAACGCUCAAGUCCAUUUGUGGUGGUUCAGGAAAUUUGAAACCCACGGAAGAACAGCAAGAUCAAGCGAUGAUGCCUCUCUAUGACUUUCUUAAUGUUAACCUCCUGGUUUUGGCCGAAUGCUUAACGAAGAACUUACUUUUAUCGGUGAUGUUAGAAGCUUGGAAUGUUGUGAUUGACAGUGCAGAUGAACUUCUCCUUCCAAAACUCACUAGUUCAAAGGCUCUCCGGCUGAUCGGAAUGAAAAACAAAAUUCAUGGAGGUGGUCAGAUAAAACUGGGUUGGCAAUCUGCUGUGACCUCUGCCGUUGUGAAUGUCACCAACUCCAUCGGCAAUCUAGGCUUUGGUAAGGUUUUGACAACAAACGAAAUUGAAACUGUGAUUGGCUGGCUCAACUUUUUGUGCAUUGAUUUUUUCCACAAUGGUGGAAAUGGACCUCCAAUCCUGGACCUCAAGACUGACAAGUACCAGUCUUUAUUACUUGUACCCGUUUAUUACGAUACUGACGUGACGGUGUUGGUGCAAGAAGUGGAUCGCUUGUCUCCUGCUUUUGUGCAAACAUUACGUGACAAAAACAAUGUACUCACUCUGAGCGCCAUGACUGAGCCAUCAAAGUUGCGCUCUCGCGCAGGUUCAAUUGCAAGAAGUCUGACGAUUCGUGCCAACGCUACUGCCAAGGCCAGAGAAAAGGCUGCCAAAGAGGCGCGUGAAUUGCAAUCUGACCCAUUAACUGCACAAACAUCUGCCGAGAACAUCAUUUUGCGUAUGUUGAUUCUUCGAAACGAAAAGUCUUUUGUUAGCAGAAGAUUGGAGCAACGUGAGAGAUUGGCACAUACCUUAGCCACGGAAAGGUUGGCCAAAGCUGUUGCAGAGGGCACAAUGUUCUGA